AAAAGGAGUCACAGUAUAGAUAUAAAAAAAUUCUCAAGUAAUUUAUACGCGUGUUAUUUGUAGGGGAAUUCCUUUGGUUACUUGCCAUGUACCAUUCCUCAGGUCCACGUGGUGCCCACUUCAGGCGAUCCUCGCAGCGUGAUCAGUUGCCCAGGCGGAGCAGCUCGUCCACCAUGGAUAUGGGACACUACUUCCAGAGAAUACGCCGCGGAAGCACUUGCGAGGCGGAGAGGCGAGCGGCUAAGGCGGCCCAGGACGCCAAUGUGCCACCGGCCAGGCUCUUUCUGCGCUCCACCUCUCGGGGAUUGCGUCGUGUCCUCGAGAUCUAUAUGCCACGAUUUCAGCCCGACGAGGAGGAGCAGCGGUCAGAGGACGAACUUGGCGAGUCAGCCAGGACACGGGAGCCACAGGAAGCUCCGCCCAUUGCCACCAACUGGGCGGUGGUGACGUGGCGGACGUCGAACGCGGUCGCCUGAUGGCAUCGUGCAGAGCUUGGAUUUGUUUAACGACCACUUGAUGGGGCACCUCCUGCACUUGGGAGUGGAGGAUGAUUGAAAAAAGAGAAACAAUGCCACCAACAUCUGCUUCCAAUUACACUCGGUUGGGGAUGGGGAAAAGCCCCAACGGGCUGGUUUCUUCAGACAUCAACACGAGCACUUACUUUCUUGUUCUGGAACUCGGGGCGUCGUACGAAUGUCAACGGAAUGAAUGUUUGUCAGCUAUCAAAAACUCUAUGGAAAUGGUAAAACAAUCUUUUAAUUGGCAGCAGCAAAAUUGUUAAUAUAUUUGUAAGUGGUUAUUUGAAUAAAUC